AUGUUGAGUGUUGCCUCUUGGAAUACCCGUGGUCUCUGCAACCUCUCCCAUCAAAGGGCUGUGAGAGAUCUCAUUCGGGAAUCCAAUCUUCAUGUCUGUGCUGCUCUUGAGUCGCGUGCUUCUGUGUCUUCUCUUCCUUCUAUCUGUGAGCGUGUUUUUGGGUCUUGGUCCUGGGCUUCUAAUGGUUCUCUUUGCCUUAGAGGAACCCGUAUCAUUGUUGCUUGGAACCCUGUCCAUGUAGACAUGAUGCUUUUAAAUGCCACCGAUCAGGUGAUGCAUUUUCAGGUUAAGAUUCGUGACUCCUCUAAGAUUCUUUUCCUGUCCAUGGUGUAUGCGGAAAAUUACCAUAUCGCCCGUCGCCAGUUAUGGGCUUCCCUUAAAGGCCAUAAGCAUGUCGUUAAGGACACCCCAUGGUUUAUCAUGGGAGAUUUCAAUGUUGCCCUUGAUCCUAAGGACAACUCGUCUGGCACUUCGGGUCCUAAUCGUGGUAUGGAUGAUUUUCGUCAAUGUGUCCGACACCUUGAGGUGGAGGAUGUCAACUACAAGGGUCUGUUUUUUACCUGGACUAAAAACCCCAACGGUACGGGAGGUCUUCUUAAAAAGAUUAACCGUAUCUUGGGCAAUUCUCAUUCUCUUGCCCGUUUCCCUUCUGCUUCUGUUGUCUUUCUUCCUUAUCGGAAUUUGGAUCACAGCCCGGCGGUUCUUACUCUUCCGUCUGGCUCUCCUCGUAAACCCAAACCCUUCAAGUUCCCCAAUCUUCUUACGUACAAAGAGCCUUUUCUGAAUGUUGUGUCCUCUCAUUGGCACCCUGAUCUUGUUGGUCGUGAGAUGUAUAAGAUUUCUCAAAAUCUGAAAAAUCUCAAAGGGCCCCUCCGUAAGAUGCUUAGUGAUCAGGGUAAUCUUCAUUCUAAAGUUGCUAAGUUACGACUUGAGCUUGACAGGGUCCAGAUUGCGCUGGAUAGGGAUCCUGAAAAUGGGGCCCUCCGAGAGGAACAUUGUGGGUAUUUAUCUACCUACAAUAGUGCCUGCCUUGAUGAGGAACGGUUCCUGAUGCAAAAAGCCAAGAUCAAUUGGCUCCAUGAAGGAGACCGAAAUUCUUCUUUCUUUCAUAAGUCGGAUUGGAGGCUAGAAAAGAAGUCAUCUGACGUAUUUGUGCCUGAUAAUAACAUUAAAGAUGAUGCAAGAAGUAGCAGAUUUAGUUCUACGUCAGAUACAAAUGUAGACGAAGAGGCACCUCUAAUGGCAUCUUCAAGGCUGUCAUAUAUUGGACGUUCACAGCUUAGUAGCCGAGAUGCAUAA